UAAUUGGAAAUUUCAGUCGCGUUUUUGCAGCCAACUGUUGCGUUAGUUUUGUCCAGUUUUUCUAAUUUGCUUUAAUUGAAUUUGCCAUAUUCAACAUGAUGAACAGCCUGAAAAAAUUGCCCAUGCGUAUGGUGGCCAAUGCUGCACGUCAGCAAAGUGCGGCUAUGUCCUCGGCAACAGGUUUGCCACCACCGUUGACAUAUCUCACCGACGAUGAGAAGAUGAUGAAGGAGACGGUUGCCAAAUUGGCUCAGGAUCAAAUCCAGCCUUUGGUCAAGAAAAUGGACUUUGAGCACAAAUUCGAUCCAUCGGUGGUGAAGGCCGUUUUCGAGAAUGGCCUGAUGGGCAUCGAAAUCGAUACAGAGCUUGGCGGCAGCGGUUGCAAUUUCAUGACCAACAUCAUUGUCGUCGAAGAGCUAUCGAAAAUUGAUCCCGCCGUUGCUGCCUUUGUCGAUAUCCAUAAUACACUGGUCAAUUCGUUGAUGAUCAAAUUCGGUAAUGCCGAACAGAAGGCAAAAUAUUUGCCCAAACUGGCCCAAGAGUAUGCCGGUAGCUUUGCCCUCACUGAACCCGGAGCAGGCUCUGAUGCCUUCUCCCUGAAGACUGUUGCCAAAAAAGAUGGCUCUCAUUAUGUGAUUAAUGGUACAAAAAUGUGGAUUUCCAAUUCAGAUGUGGCUGGUGUAUUCUUGGUCUUUGCCAAUGCCAAGCCAGAGGAUGGCUAUCGCGGUAUUACCACAUUCAUUGUGGAUCGCGAGACACCUGGAUUGAUUGUGAACAAACCAGAGGAUAAGUUGGGCAUUCGUGCCUCUGGUACCUGCAUGCUUACCUUUGACAAUGUCCGUGUGCCCGAGGAGAAUAUUCUGGGUACCUUCGGUCAUGGUUACAAAUAUGCAGCUGGUUUCCUCAAUGAGGGACGCAUCGGCAUUGGCGCUCAGAUGGUUGGUCUGGCCCAGGGUACCUUCGAUGCGACUAUCCCUUAUUUGUUGGAGCGCAAGCAGUUCGGCGAAGCCAUCUACAAUUUCCAAUCGAUGCAACAUCAAAUUGCCACCAUUGCCACAGAGAUUGAGGCUGCCCGUUUGUUGACCUACAAUGCGGCUCGUCUGCAGGAGCAGGGCGCACCAUUCCUUAAGGAGGCGGCCAUGGCCAAAUUCUAUGCCAGUGAGGUGGCCCAGCGUGCGGCCAUCAAAUGCAUCGAUUGGAUGGGCGGUGUCGGCUUCACUCGUGAUUUCCCACAGGAGAAGUACUAUCGUGAUGCCAAAAUUGGAGCCAUCUAUGAGGGUACAACCAACAUGCAAUUGAGCACCAUUGCCAAGUGCAUUAAGAAAGAAUACUCUGGUUAGAAAUCGAUUUGAUCAAACGAUCAGCAUUCGUUAUCAACUGAAGGAGAGUUUAAGAUUUUUGUUUAAGAAUUUUACUGCAAGCUGAGAUAUCGUACAUCAGAUACGUCAAGUGCAUUUAAGUGUUGGAAUCGAAUUUGAUCAUCGAUCAAUCGAUUCUUUCCAAUGUUAUCUGUAUAGCCAUUUUACUAUAAAGCAAUUCUUUCUGUUAUAUAAAUAUAUAUAUUGUAUCAAAUACAAAGAGAAAAAACAA